AUGCCUAACAUUUGUCAACGUUGUACUCCUAAUUGUCGACAAGACUACGCGGUUAUGCCUGAGUUUAAGCUGCUGUCACGGAGUCCAGCCGCUAGUGUCACCGAGACCAGAAGUGGAUCGGAUAUAAAGUCUGCAUUUAGUGCGCCAUGGAGCUACUCUAGCGAGGGUAAAAGGCAAUCGCCAAUCCUAGUGCAUGUCUUCGAGUCUCAUCAAUACGCCUCUGCCACUUGUGCCCUCCCGACUGCUAAGGGGUGCUUCUCGGCUAUUUGGCAUAGCAACGACCUAUUGGCAGACUGCGCGAUCUACCGGUUUGUGGCAACUCUGGCCGGCCAUCUUGUCUCGGUCGUGCAGAAGACGAACAUCUCUUCUGCCCUCGGAAGAGAGCGUAUGCAAUGGCCGAUGAGCGUCAUCAAAACGGCCUACGAAUUGCCGCUUCCUGCGGCUGCAAGACUUGCCUACAGACGUCAACGUUGGCCUCCGAUCUGCUGCCCACCCCCAUUUGGCCCAAACUGUCCAGAGUCCACAGAACAGGUCGGCCGAGCCGCGGCAUCAGUCGCACCAAUUGGCCGCAGGCGAUUGGUCGACUUCUCCUUUCACUCAGACCGCAGUCGGCCAAUCAAACGGCUCUACCAGCUCGCAUGCGCAGGCGAUCGCUGUCGCGUGCAUCUCGUGGCCUAUCGGCCUGACAAAGUCGGCUUUGCGCAUCAGCCUCACUCUGCCUGCGACUGGCAGACAGGCGCACAGAGCCCCACAGACGGCCAGGCCGAGACUGGCAAGCCGCCGGACCAACCAACAGCCGCAUUCGCCCAACCGGCUCGUUGA